CCCGAAGUCGGCGUCGUGCUGCGCGACUUAUCGAAACUACCUACCAAGCCGAACAGACACACACGCGAAAGGGAAAAUUGUGGAAAUUUUGUGCUUGUAAAAGAAAAAAAUAUAAAUUAUUUAGUAAAAUAACCACAAUAUAUUGACAAAGCAUUUAUAAAGCACACGCGGCUAUUUAUAUAUUGUCUGUAGUUUCGAAAACAAAAAGUAACACACAAAAAUGGCUGAUAAUGAUGAUCUUUUGGAUUACGAGGAUGAGGAACAGACCGAGACCACUGUAGCCGAGACACAAGAGGCGCCAAAAAAAGAUGUAAAAGGUACCUAUGUGUCGAUACACAGUUCGGGUUUUCGUGAUUUCCUCCUUAAGCCUGAAAUUCUAAGAGCCAUUGUUGAUUGCGGUUUUGAACAUCCAUCUGAAGUGCAACAUGAAUGUAUUCCCCAGGCUGUAUUGGGCAUGGACAUUUUGUGCCAGGCUAAAUCUGGUAUGGGUAAAACUGCUGUUUUCGUGCUCGCCACACUUCAGCAACUUGAACCCACCGAGAAUGUUGUCUAUGUUCUAGUCAUGUGUCAUACUCGCGAACUUGCAUUCCAAAUUAGCAAGGAGUACGAACGUUUCUCUAAAUAUAUGCCUUCCGUAAAGGUUGGAGUCUUCUUUGGCGGUUUGUCCAUACAAAAAGAUGAGGAAACUUUGAAGAAUGUCACACCACACAUUGUUGUAGGCACACCUGGUCGCAUUUUGGCUUUGAUACGCAACAAGAAACUUAACUUGAAGCAUUUGAAACAUUUCAUCCUUGAUGAAUGUGAUAAAAUGUUGGAACAACUUGAUAUGCGACGCGAUGUUCAGGAGAUUUUCCGCAGUACACCUCAUGGAAAACAAGUUAUGAUGUUUUCCGCCACCUUAAGCAAAGACAUUCGUCCAGUUUGCAAAAAAUUCAUGCAAGAUCCCAUGGAAGUGUAUGUGGACGACGAAGCCAAGUUGACAUUGCAUGGCCUGCAGCAGCAUUAUGUCAAGCUAAAAGAAAAUGAGAAAAAAAAAUUAUUUGAACUUUUGGAUGUAUUGGAAUUUAAUCAAGUCGUUAUUUUCGUAAAAUCGGUACAGCGUUGCAUGGCACUGGCCCAGCUAUUGACAGAACAAAAUUUCCCCGCCAUUGGUAUUCAUCGUGGCAUGACUCAAGAGGAACGUCUGAACCGUUAUCAGCAAUUCAAGGAUUUCCAAAAACGUAUUUUGGUGGCCACAAACUUGUUUGGACGUGGCAUGGAUAUUGAACGUGUCAAUAUUGUUUUCAACUAUGAUAUGCCUGAGGAUUCGGACACCUAUUUGCAUCGUGUGGCUCGUGCUGGUCGCUUUGGUACCAAGGGUUUGGCCAUUACCUUUGUUUCGGACGAAGCCGAUGCCAAGAUUCUGAAUGAAGUUCAAGAUCGUUUCGAUGUGAAUAUCACGGAGUUACCCGAUGAAAUUGAUUUAUCCUCUUACAUUGAAGGCCGAUAAUUUAACCCUAGAACUAUUUCAUAAGCAAUAUGAAUAUAUGCCAAACCAUCUCUUCCCAUUUGGCUUAAUAAUGACCAUUUGGUUGAUUGGCAGCGUAAAUAGGCGUACACCAAUAACUAACUAUAAAUAUAUUCUUUUGACACAAAAACACAAACUCUGAAAAAAGUUUAAAUAAAAAAAAAAAAAAAAAACACAACUUUUCUCCUGUAUUAAAUUCUUAAUUUUUUAUGUGAAUGAAAUAGUGUUUAUUUAAUUUAAAUCUCCUGUUUUACUAUCAAUGUAAAAUAUAUAUUUUGCUUAUUUUAAAGCAAUUAUUUAGGUAUCUGAAAAAGAAAAACAACAAUAAAGAGAAGUCAUCAUGUUUUGAUGAUAUAAACCUUAAUGAAGAAAA